GUGCUUCCGACGGGGAAAAGUACGCGGCUCUAGUUGCCAUGGUAAAUCAGUUAAUCUGUGAUCUGUGGCGGGGUCUAUUUGAGUGAGCCGUGAGCGCGCACCUAUCCAGGAUUGGUUUCACCUGGUUUAAUGAAUCCGUGUCUGCUCAUCCUGGCUUGGUCUUUGUGCAACCAAUUAAGCCUGGACGCACAUGUUUUGGCUUCAUUGAGCUCAGCUGAGUCAUUUAUCCCGGAUGUCUUAAUUCUACUUUUGUGCAACAGGCCCCAAGACACGUGUUUUAGAAAGUCUCUUUGGAGGAGACCCCGGGUCCAAGAAUGUCGGACAGUGAGGACAGCGACUUCUCUGACAACCAGAGUGAACAAAGCAGCGAAGCCGAAGAGGUGGAUAAAAAUGAGGCAGAGGAAGAUGGCCAGGCAAGUUUAUCUGGCAGUGAUAAGGCAGCAGAAGAGGAAGGGGAAGACUUGGCAGAUGAGGAGUAUGACGAAGAGGAGGAAGAGGAUGAUGAUGACCGUCCCAGAAAGAAACCCAGGCAUGGAGGUUUCAUCUUAGAUGAAGCCGAUGUGGAUGAUGAGUACGAAGAUGAAGACCCGUGGGAGGAAGGCGCUGAGGAUAUUUUGGAGAAGGUUAACGAGGAAGCGGAGGUGUCCAACAUUGACCAUGUGGUCCUGGAUGAGGACAACUCUGGCUCCCGCAGGCUGCAGAACCUCUGGAGAGAUUCCAGAGAAGAGGCCUUGGGUGAAUAUUACAUGAGGAAAUAUGCCAAGCAAUCAGGAAAUGAUUUUCUUGGGGGUUCUGAGGAACUGUCUGAUGACAUCACCCAGCAGCAGCUGCUCCCUGGCGUCAAGGAUCCUAAUCUUUGGACGGUCAAGUGUAAGAUUGGAGAAGAGAGAGCAACUGCCAUCGCAUUGAUGAGGAAAUUCAUUGCCUAUCAAUUCACAGACACGCCCCUCCAAAUCAAGUCGGUAGUGGCUCCCGAACAUGUCAAAGGUUACAUCUAUGUGGAGUCUUACAAGCAGACUCACGUCAAGGCUGCAAUUGACGGAAUAGGCAACCUGAGGAUGGGCUUCUGGAACCAGCAGAUGGUUCCCAUCAAGGAGAUGACAGACGUCCUCAAGGUGGUCAAAGAGGUGACCAACCUCAAGCCCAAGUCCUGGGUCCGACUCAAGAGAGGCCUCUACAAAGAUGACAUUGCCCAGGUGGACUAUGUGGAGCCCAGUCAGAACACGAUAUCACUGAAGAUGAUUCCCAGGAUAGAUUUGGACAGAAUUAAGGCCCGCAUGAGCAUGAAAGACUGGUUUGCAAAGCGGAAGAAGUUCAAGAGACCAGCCCAGAGACUCUUCGAUGCAGAAAAGAUUAGGUCACUUGGUGGGGAUGUCAGCCAUGAUGGAGACUUCAUGAUAUUUGAAGCUAACCGCUACAGCCGUAAAGGGUUCCUCUUCAAGAGCUUUGCCAUGUCUGCUGUGAUCACUGAAGGAGUGAAACCCACUCUGUCAGAGCUGGAGAAGUUUGAGGACCAGCCAGAAGGCAUUGAUCUGGAGGUGGUGACUGAAACCGCAGGUAAAGAGCGUGAGCACAACCUCCAGGCCGGGGACAACGUGGAGGUGUGUGAAGGGGAGCUGAUCAACUUGCAGGGCAAGAUCCUGAGUGUGGAUGGCAACAAGAUCACCAUCAUGCCCAAGCAUGAGGACCUGAAGGAUCCGCUGGAGUUCCCAGCCCAUGAAUUGAGGAAGUACUUCCAUAUGGGUGACCACGUCAAGGUGAUAGCAGGCCGCUACGAGGGCGACACCGGCCUCAUCGUACGCGUGGAGGAGAACUUUGUCAUCCUCUUCUCUGACCUCACCAUGCACGAGUUGAAGGUCCUGCCCCGGGACUUGCAGCUGUGCUCUGAGACGGCAUCAGGGGUAGAUGCCGGGGGCCAACACGAAUGGGGGGAGCUGGUCCAACUGGACCCCCAGACCGUGGGAGUUAUUGUCAGGCUGGAGAGAGAGACAUUCCAGGUCCUCAACAUGCACGGCAAGGUGCUGAUGGUGCGUCACCAGGCAGUGAAUCGGCGGAAAGACAACCGCUUUGCUGUAGCGCUGGACUCUGAGCAGAACAACAUUCACGUCAAAGACAUCGUCAAGGUCAUCGACGGGCCACACUCGGGGCGUGAGGGAGAGAUCCGCCACAUUUUCCGAGGCUUUGCCUUCCUGCACUGUAAAAAGCUGGUGGAGAACGGGGGCAUGUUCGUCUGCAAGACACGCCACGUAGUGCUGGCCGGGGGCUCCAAGCCUCGAGACGUCACCAACUUCACCGUGGGAGGCUUCGCUCCUAAGAGUCCAAGUAUCAGCAGCCCCAUGCAUCCAGGUGGUGGUGGCCAGCAGCAGAGGGGUGGUGGAGGAGGUGGACAGAUGGGGCGUGGCCGGGGCAGGAGGGACAACGACCUGAUUGGACAGACCGUCCACAUCUCCCAGGGACCAUACAAGGGGUACAUUGGAGUGGUGAAGGAUGCCACCGAGUCAACAGCCAGAGUGGAGCUGCACUCGACAUGCCAGACCAUCUCUGUGGACCGACAGCGUCUCACCACAAUGGGAGCCAAGAGGCAUGGAGGAAUGACUUCCACCCACGGACGCACUCCCAUGUACGGUUCCCAGACCCCCAUGUACGGGACAGGCUCCCGUACCCCCAUGUAUGGCUCUCAGACCCCCUUACACGAUGGGAGCCGUACACCUCACUACGGCUCGCAGACCCCGCUGCAUGAUGGGAGCAGGACGCCGGGGCAGAGCGGAGCGUGGGACCCCAACAACCCCAACACACCGUCCAGGGCGGACGAUGACUUUGAGUUUGGUUAUGAUGACGAGCCCUCGCCGUCCCCUCAGGGCUACGGGGGCACGCCUAACCCCCAGACCCCUGGCUACCCAGAGGUGCCCUCGCCCCAGGUCAAUCCCCAGUACAACCCCCAGACCCCAGGCACCCCAGCCAUGUACAACACUGAACAGUACUCGCCAUACACUGCCCCCUCCCCACAGGGCUCGUACCAACCCAGCCCCAGUCCCCAGAGCUACCAUCAGGUGGCCCCCAGCCCAGUGGGCUACCAGAACACACACUCACCAGCCAGCUACCACCCCACCCCCUCACCCAUGGCAUACCAGGCCAGUCCGAGCCCCAGCCCGGUAGGCUACAGCCCCAUGACCCCCGGCGCCCCCUCCCCUGGCGGCUACAACCCCCACACCCCAGGCUCCAACAUCGACCAGACCUCCUGCGACUGGGUCACCACCGACAUCCUGGUGCGCGUUAAGGACACCUUCCUGGACAGCCAGGUGGUUAACCAGACGGGCGUCAUCCGCAGUGUCACGGGUGGCAUGUGCUCCGUCUUCCUCCAGGACACAGAGAAGGUGGUGAGCAUCUCCAGUGAACACCUGGAGCCUGUCACCCCAACUAAGAACAACAAGGUGAAGGUGAUUCUAGGGGAGGACCGCGAGGCCACGGGGAUUCUACUGAGUAUUGACGGGGACGACGGCAUCGUCAGGAUGGAGCUGGAUGACCAGCUGAAGAUUCUCAACCUCCGCUUCCUGGGCAAGCUGGAGCUCUGAGCCAUCACACCCCAACCUCACGCCCACAACACGCCCUCACUGCAAAGCAGCGUCACUCAAAACAAGCAGAAUAUGUGCCCCCGUGUUCACUAUCAAAGAUUAAAAUUGUCCGUAAAAAAUUUUUUCAGUCAAACUUGUGCUGUUAGUGAACUCCCAUUGGUUUUUAGUGCUCUGUGGUUGUAAUUUCUGUCUAUGCUUUACUUUUUUGUUAUAGAAACUACCUUUUGGUUAUGUGUGUACAGUGUCAAUUAAAUGUUAACUGUUG